CCAGAAAAGGCUAAAACUCACCCGGUUGUCUAUAUUCGUAAGACUAGAAAAGUAAAGUAUAUUAUAAAUACGAGUUUGAAGAUUUGGUGGGUUUUGCCAAAGAAAAUGGAUUUCAAUUGAAUAUUCAAGCUAAAACGGGAGAUUUGUUACUAAGUGCAACCAAGGUUUUCAAAAGUGAAUUUCAAGAUGCUGUUUGGCACUCAUGGGUGUAAGCAAGUUAGAUAUUCUGUACCGGAGACUUCUCCUCACAAAACUUUUCAUCAGAGGAUGGGGAAGGCCAGAAGAUCUCAAGAGACUCUUUGAAUUCAGAAAGAUGAUUGGAAAUCGAGAAAGGUGCCAGAAUCUGGUUUCACGCGACUAUCCGGUACACAUUGAUAAGGUUGAAGAGCAGUCAGAUUGUAAGAUCCUAGAUGGACACUUUGUUUCUCCCAUGGCCCACUAUGUGCCUGGUAUCAUGCCAGUUGAAUCCGUUAUUGCAAGGUUCCAAUUUAUUGUGCCUAAGGAAUGGAACAGCAGAUACAGACCUGUGUGCAUUCAUCUGGCUGGAACAGGAGACCAUCAUUACUGGAGGCGCAGAACUCUCAUGGCUCGUCCUAUGAUUAAGGAGGCCCGAAUGGCUUCAUUGUUGCUAGAAAACCCUUAUUAUGGCUGCAGGAAGCCCAAGGACCAAGUAAGAUCCAGCUUAAAAAAUGUGUCUGACCUAUUUGUGAUGGGAGGCGCUCUUAUUCUGGAGUCUGCAGCUCUCUUGCACUGGCUAGAGAGGGAAGGUUAUGGACCUCUUGGGAUGACUGGAAUAUCCAUGGGAGGACAUAUGGCCUCCUUAGCAGUAUCCAACUGGCCCAAGCCCAUGCCAUUAAUUCCAUGCCUGUCUUGGUCCACAGCAUCUGGGGUCUUCACUACGGGUGUAUUGAGUAAAUCAAUUAAUUGGCGGGAGUUGGAAAAGCAGUAUUAUACACAGACAGUUUAUGAAGAAGAAAUUAUUCAUAUGCUUGAAUACUGUGGGACGGAUUCUUUCAAAAUGGGACAUGAGUUCAUGAAACACUUCCCUAGCAGUGCAGACAAGCUGACUAACCUGAAUCUGGUUUCUAGAAUGUUAAAUUUAGAUAUGACAAACCAAGUUGUGUCCCCAAAGCAUGCUGAGUGCCAAAAUUCUGGUAAAACAUCUAUCAGUGCUACUUCAAAAGGACGCUUGUUGCAAGAUACUGCUAAGAUGGAAUGCCUGAAUCAAACACUCUCAACUAACAAAAGUCGUUAUGCAAGUUACAACCCUCAGUCAUUUCACCUGCUCAGCAGAGAACAAAAAAGAAGCAAUCUUCAAAAAGAAUCUCUAAUAUUCAUGAAAGGAGUCAUGGAUGAAUGCACUCAUGUAGCAAACUUCUCAGUUCCAGUUGACCCAAGCCUCAUCAUAGUGGUACAAGCCAAAGAGGAUGCCUAUAUUCCACGCACAGGAGUUCGAAGCCUACAAGAAAUUUGGCCUGGUUGUGAAAUCCGGUACUUAGAAGGGGGUCAUAUCAGUGCUUAUCUCUUUAAACAAGGACUCUUCAGACAAGCCAUCUAUGAUGCCUUUGAACGUUUCCUUCAUAAAUAUGCUAACUAAUUGGAUUGAUGUGUAACAUCCUGUUUCCUACUAAAAGAGUUCAUCCUGUGAUGAUGUGAAAGAUAAGCAGACAGCCCUGCUUACCUGACUGCUGCCAUGUAGUCUGUGUGCCAGUGUUACGGGUCAGUUACCAACUGUGGAUGCAUUUCAGUAAUGUAAAAGCAGUACUUGAAUCAUAUAAUCCUGAAGUAUUUGUUACUCUUUUGAAAAUCUAAUAUAUCCAAUAUGAUAUCUGUUGUUAUUAUUUAUAAAAACAUUUUAAUUAUGAAUAAUUUAUUGAUUCAGAAUAAAUAGAAACCCUAUUGGUUUUUAAUAGAAUUGUUGAAACUAAGAUUAUAACAUCAUAUGUACUGUAUACUAUUAUAUGGCAUUUGUGAUAUUAACUUGAUUUUAAAAACCUGUGUUCCUCCUUUUUGUCUGUGAAGUGGGUUUAUAAUCUAGUUUUCAACCUUAGGUACUUUACUGCCAUAGAAAUACCUAAGAUAUAUAAGUCAGUGUUAGCUUUGAAUUAUGAAAAUAUCCUGACUGCUGAGCUGUGCCAAUGUGGUAGUACGAAUUUGUAAUCCCAGCACUUGAGAAGUGAAGGCAAGAGGGUCAAGAGUCCCAUCAUUGUCUUUUACGUAGCAAAUUUGAGGCCAGCCUGAGCUACAUGAGACCUUGUCUCAAAAAAUAUACCUGGCAUGGUAGCUCAUGCCUUUAAUCCCAGCAGGCAGGAGACAGAGGCAGGCAGAUCUCUAUUGAGUUCAAGGCCAACCUGGUCUAUAGAGCAAGUUGCAGACCUGCCAAAGCUAUGUGUCUCCAAGAAAAUAACACAGCAGUACAAAACAAAAACUGUACUGCUUUGUAGUGCUUUUAAUAGCUAGACUGAAUGCUAAAAUAUACACAUAAGAUGAAUUAGACUAGAGUAGGCUUUAAAUUUUUAUCAAAGAUUAGGUCAGAAAAAGUGUCGGGGCUGGGCUGGGCUUGCCCAGCCUAUGAAGGCUCUGAGGCCAGUCCCCAGUACUGCCAAACAAAAAGAAAACCCAGACGUGUUUGGGGGUGGGGGUUAAACAUGUUUUCUCUACUUAAGAGAGUUUUGUUUUGAAAAAUAGAUAUGAUAGAAGAACUUUCCCCUUGAUGGCAGAUUCUGUCAGGCGUUUCUUACACACCUGGUUCUUCUUCUUUGACUUUUUAAUUUCAGAAUAGCCACACGUGAAAUUGAACCAUUGUACAGAAAAACUUGAGGUUUUAUACACUGCUGACUUUUUAAAUGGGAGUUAUAAUGGAUAGAUAUUUGGUGCUGAUAUCAAACUUCUCUAAGCUAAGAUGUUCAAAGUGUGUUUCUGUUUGAAUUCUGUAUUGCCCUUCACUUUAAACUAGGUCUUGCUGGUCUAGUGGGGAUCCGUAGAUUGCGACAUGCCUUUGGCAGCUGUUUAAAGACGCUGUGCUCUUCUAAUGUCUCUGUAUUAAAAUUCCUGACAACUAUUUAAAUAUUUUAAUGUGAAGUCAUUGAUGGCAAGUAGUAGCUCCUUGGACACUGUUAGAGUUAUUAGAGCUACAGCAAUUUUGUGUAUUCAGACUAGGAUUUUUACUUUUCACUUCAAGUACAAAAUGAUCCUUAAGAAUAAAACCUGGCCUGUGCACGCCUUUAAUCCCAGCACUCAGAAGGCAGAGGCAGGUAAAUCUCUGAGUUGGAGGCCAGCCUGGUCUACAGAGGGAAUUCCAGGACUGAGAAACCCUGUCUUACAAAAACAAAAACAAACAAACUCAAAUUAAAUGGAUUACACUGUUCUAUCAUACAUGUAGUACGAGAACUUCAUUCGAUUCUAGACAUAGUUUCAGUAAAAAACAAUACUUUUUUCUUUACAUGCAUUUCUUAUUAAAAACAUUCUGUGGUAUGUAGUUUUUCUAAUAGUAAAAUGAUGAAAAUUUGAUAGUUUAAUUAAUUCUUAGACUAUUUUAGAAUUGUUAUCUUUUAAGAAAUGGGUGCAGAGCUAGGCAUGGUGGUAUACACCUUUAAUCCUAGCACUGGGAGGCAGAGUUCAAAGCCAACCUGGUCUACAAAGCAAGUUCCAGGACAGUUAGGGCUACACAGAGAAACCUUAUCUCAAGAGAGAGAAAAAAAAAAAAAAAGGACUGGGUGUCACUGGCAGUACAUGCCUGUAAUUCCAGCACUUGGGAGGCAGAGGAUCAUUCACAAGUUUGAGGUCAGUGUGGUCUGCAUAAUAUGUUCCAGACCAUCCAGGGCUACCUGUCUCAAAUAAAUUCAUUUUCAUACUUAAUUCACAAAGCUGCCUAAAUUGAUUAAUUGAGAGAGGAAAAUACCUUUUUUCUCAUUUCUUUAAACCCACUCUGCAAAAUAGUAGCUUAUGUACACACACACACACACACACACACACACACACACACACACACACACGUUAUAUAUAUUCUUUGAGAAAUUAAUAUAUUCUCAAAGAAGUCCUGCCUGCCAUUUUCCUGCCUUUUUGUAUAUUAGGUUAUAAUAUACUACCGAUUCAUUCAGACCAGAAUUGCAGGAAACUAGUCCUCACAAGCGAGUUUGACCCAGUUUUAUUUGGUGUAUGUAAUGGGUGUGCAUUCCCAAUUCUGCCAGCAGAUUUCUUAUAUGUAACUACUACUCUCUAUUUUCCACUCAGCUCUAAAGACCCCUGUAGUUCUAUAAUUAGACUUCAUGAUUUGCCAAUGUUGUAAUUAGAUCAUUUUAUCAAUGUAUUUUUAAUGUGGUGCAUUAACUGAAUUUUAAAAAUAUUUCCAAAUUUUAUAUUUCAUAAUAAAAGUCUAUUUUAGAAGUUA